GUCACGGGGUCGCGAUAGUCGCAUCGCACCGAUUGAUCACGCUCUUUGCCAUUACUUCUAUGACAAUGACAGGGUGAUUGAUAAUGUCUCGCCAGGCAGACAGCCAACACGUCGCUUCCUCUGACAGACUUACUGCAUCCACAACACUGCCACAGCUCCUUCUCAGCUGAUCGCGAACCCCUCGAAACCCCAAGACUAUCCAUCUCCUAGGCACUAUGCCUCCUAAGAAACGCGCGACACCAUCCGCCGCGCCCAAGAAAUCGCGCGCAUCCAAACUAGCCCGCGAAAACGACAUCUCCGCCGAAGAGGAGAACGAAAUCAAAGAAGCCUUCCACCUAUUCUCCGCCCCGCACGACGACUUCCCCGAUGAAAAGGAAGGCGUGAUACCACAAGAGGAUGUGCGCAAGGCAUUGGUCGCCCUAGGCCUCCCCCCAACCGACCCCCAAGAACUGCACUCGAUCCUCUCCGCCCUAGACCCAACAUCCACCGGCCUCGUCCCCUACGCACCCUUCCUCGCCGUCGCAGCCGCCAAACUCCACUCCCGCUCCGACGACGCCAACGAAGCAGAAGUCGACGCCGCCUUCCAGCUCUUCACGCGCGGAUCCGACGGGCCCAUCACACUCAACCAUCUGCGGCGCAUUGCGCGCGAGCUGAAAGAGGACCAGCUGGGCGAGGACCUCCUGCGGGAUAUGAUCCUCGAGGCGAAUGGGGGCGAGGGUGUACAGGCUGGGGUUACGUUGGAGGAGUUUCGAGAUGUCAUGACCCGUGCUGGUGUUUUUUGACCUCUUUUGGGUGUUUGCUUAGCUGGGGUGGAGUGGUUUUCUUCCUUUAUUUUCCGGCGUUCAUGUGGGUUUGAUUUGAGCGGCUGCUGGGAUGGAUGGUGUUUACGGCUUUUUUCACAUGUCCCUUUUUUGCGGAGUUUUACGGCAAAGCUAGAUAUCUAGAUCUUACUAUGAUCUACAUGAGUAGUGAAC